CCAACUCCACAGCUCAGACGCGGCCUGUUUAUGUGCCUCCGCAUCUGAGAAACCGUGCAACAUCAGCAUCAGCAUCAACGGAAUCCCCCCUGCUCCGCCCAAUGUGAGUUCUAAUAAUAAUGUCGGAUCACGGUGGGGUGCGCCCAGAACGGUUGGGGGAACAGAACCGGUGGUUGGGAUCGGCGGGAAGUGAACCCCUUCGAAGAUCAGAAGGAUGCAGCUGAAGAGGAAGCAGCAGCUUCUGGCGAGGAGCAGGGAAACAUGGGAAUUAAUUUUGAUGCUUACGAGGACAUUCCCGUUGAGACGAGCGGUGAAAACGUGCCCCCACCUGUGAAUACUUUUGCGGAGAUUGAAUUGGGCGAUGCUCUUAAUCAAAACAUUAGACGCUGCAAAUAUGUUAAACCAACGCCGGUCCAGCGGCAUGCCAUACCCAUAUCCCUUGGCGGACGGGAUUUGAUGGCUUGUGCUCAGACUGGUUCCGGAAAGACUGCAGCAUUCUGUUUCCCUAUUAUCAGUGGCAUUAUGAGAGGUCAAGGGCAGGCCCCCCUGCGGCCCCCUCGCGGUGCCCGUACAGUCUAUCCACUUGCCCUUGUUCUCUCGCCGACUAGGGAGUUAUCUGUGCAAAUACUUGAAGAGGCUAGGAAGUUUUCAUACCAGAGUGGGCGCGUCGUUCUGAAGAAAAAGCGUUUGGGUGGGGUUGGAGAGUGA